AUGGUCAAAUAUGACGGAUUCGACUGCGUCUACGGCAUCGAGCUGUUCAAGGAUGAGCGAGUUUCCAACCCCCAGGUUUUAACAGAGAAAGUCGUAAACAACAAGAUCAAGGAGCCCCAUGAUGCGCCGGAGCUGGUGGGGAAGGCUGUGGAGCACCUGUUUGAGAAGGAGGACGGUGAGAAGAACGAGUGGAGGGGCAUGGUGCUCUCUCGCGCCCCCAUCAUGACCAACUGGUACUACAUCACCUAUAAGAAGGACCCUGUGCUCUACAUGUACCAGCUCUGGGACAACUAUAAGGCCGGAGACCUCCGCAUCCUACCUGAAGCAGAGAACAAACACCUACUGCCUGCAGACAGGAAGCCAGGCGAGGAGACAGAGAGCCUUGUGGGUAAGCAGGUGGAGUACGUCACGGAUAAGGGCGUGAAAAAGACGGGGCUGGUUAUCUACCAGGUUCCACCAUAUUCUAUUGUAUUAUUUUCUAUUAGCCAUUCUUGUCUAUUCUAUAAGCCAUUUUAUAGUCUAGACAUUACACUAUUUAGAUGCACCCUUUGUCUGAGUGUAUUAUAGUAUUCCAGGGAUAGGUUUGUAAUAAUGGCCGAAUUAACAGGGCACUCCCAGCUUACCUCACCGUUCCACUGAUAUGGAAGGCCUUAAUCAUGGACCAACGGUACUCUGUAUGUGUUUCAGCCACACACACACACACACACACACACACACACACACACACACACACACACACACACACACACACACACACACACACACACACACACACAAACACAAACACACACACACACACACCCACGUGACAUCACUGUUUGAUCCUGGUGGUUUCCUUGUAGGGCACAGUUAGGGAGGGUGACAUCAUGACAUCAAAUAUCAAACAGAGCUCUCUACCUUGUGGUCUCUCACCCAGACAGACCAAUGAGGUUGUGUUUGCUUUGCUUUGCUCAUACAGUGUAUUUGCGAUGGGAUUGUAUGGGAUGACUUCAUAGCUAAAUCAUUGGAGCAACUCUUGUAAUCCUCACGCCACUGAUUCAGUGUGUAUAAAUGAAUUAGGUGAUGUGUGUGUGUUUGUGUGUGUGUGUGUGUGUGUGUGUGUGUGUGUGUUAGCGCGCUUGCCUGCAUGCCUUUCUGAGUAUAACAAAAUGUUGGUAAACAAGCUGUUUGAAUUCCUACAGAGUUGUAGAAAGUCAGACAGAGGUAUGUGUGUGCGGUGUAGAAUCUCAGAGAGCCCUAAUGAGCCCGUAGCGUGAGUGAGGCAGGUCUGUGUGUGUGGCUUGUGUUUGGCUUGCCUCAGCAUGUGACGGCUGUCAUCAUUACUGUGGACUGA